AUCGCGCCGACGCAGCCCGUCGAAGACACGCAAGCCACUCUCAACGACCGUCGUCCGCCAAAAGCAAGCACGCCCACGAAGAGCCUCUCCCACGCACGCGACCUCCGACCUUGCUGCGCGCGUCGCUCCAGCUUCGCAAACCCUGGGGGAUCGCGAUGCUCCCUGCGCCCCGAGCUGGCGACCCUCUUUUCGAGCGCAUCCACCACCAGCAACUGCCGACGUCGUCGUCCGCCCCCUCGUUAUCCCGCCCGUGUCGCGGGCGCAGCCUCAACUACACAACCACGGCCCUCUCUUUAGCUGGUACCCUAGGACGCAGGCCGCCAACAGUAUCAUUGCAUACCCGCACUGUUCUUAUGAGGGUCGGGUGCCUUGAUGAAUGGGUAUAAGGGGCGACUCUGACCCCGGAACCCCGCCAUCGACAGGCGUCAUUUGCCGAAGAUGAACCCCUCGACGGACGACGGGCCCGAUGGCUCCUCCAUCAAACCCGUGUCUUCCCUUCUCGCCCGGUUCGAGAACAUGAACCAGGCAACGGCCGGACAACCCCCCUCGCAGCCACCUGCUCCGUCGCGAUCAAUAUCGCCGGCCCCAAAGCCGGAUCGGUUACGAAGCUUCAAGCCGCUGCACGAAGGCAAUCCUAUGCCUUCGAAGACUCCUAUCAAAGCAGUUCCGAAACAGGCAGACCUCCAGUUGGCCAAGAAGACGGGGCCGCCGUCUGAUCAUGAAGGCCCCCCAAGUCCUUCCAUGAAGCCUGCACCGACGGCGAAACCCCGCGGCCUCAGCACUCAGCCACCGUCAUUGUUGGUCCAGCCUCCUCAGUCGCCACCCAAGAGCCGAGUGUCUGUCCUGAUGACUGGGGAGCAGUCGCCCUUUCUCGACCCCAGUUCGGGAGCAGCCCCCGACCUGCCGGGGGGACUCCCGAAACCGAUCAAGAUACCCAGCCGGCCCCUCACUCCUUUGCAACCGCCUGUGGUCCCCAAAUCUCCACGGCUGUCCUCUUCCCGACCACCCUCACCGCCUCCGCCACGACGUUCUGGAGAGGUCCGCAGGGAUAAGGAGGGAAAGCAAGCGCCGCCCCCGCCAGCGGCACGGCUGGACAGGCCGGUGAGCACCCGCCUUAUGGCGGCGAGCUUGCCACAGCCUGUCGGCGGCCAGAUGAUGAGGAAGCCAAACUUGUCUAAGGAAACGUCGCCGUUUAAUAGCCCACCGGGUAGCCCUGGAGAAGAGUUAGAUGGGACACCGCCGGAACUACCCGCACGGCCGAGGCCCCAGGUUCAAACUGAGGGUUCGAGUAACCCUGGAGGCUUUGAGCCGCCUCCUCUUCAUCAUUCAAUUGCUGGAAAGCGGAUGGUUCGCGAACAGAGCACUAAUGGCCCCAGCAAAGGCAAGCUCACACCGCAGCAAACAGGAGACGGCCGAAUGCCUCAACUACCAAAGCCGACACCGGUGCCGACACCGGCACCAAUGGGUCCUCCACAACGGAUACCUACUGGAAGCCUCGCAAUGCCGCCACCGCGGCCCCCGCGGCCUGUUCCGCAGAGCAGUACGACCAAGACCGUACCUGUUUCUACCUCGGCGCCAACAAGCCGCCCAGCCUCCCAGAUCUCCUUCCGCCAGUUUCCAGCGCCGCCGACGCAGCAACUCGUCAUCGCGAAAACUAGGGAGAAGAUGCCGGAGAAAGAGCCAGCUGAACGCGGAACGAAAGCACAGUCAACCGCUGUGCCCGUGAAAGCUUCUGUGACUUCAUCGGUCCCAGGCUCAGUACCCCUGAAGCCGGAGCCGUCGAGUCAGGUAACAGCAUAUCCAGACGGAUCGAAAGCCAACCGCCGACCUCCACUCGUCAAGAGGGGCUGCUCGGAGCUGCAGACGAGAUACGAUCCAAGGAUCUUUGACGUCUGUGGAGAGCUGGUUUGCACCAGUGGCCACCUAACGCGAGUCUGGAGCAUCAUGGACGGCGAGCAACUUAUGAGUCUUGCUCACACAGAGGGCGUCAAGGCUACCGCUGUGGCAUUCAAGCCCGGCGCAGAUGCUAACACGGAAGGCUCCAUACUGUGGGUCGGUACCAGCUUGGGUGAGAUCAUGGAGGUUGAAGUGGCGACUCAGCGCAUUUUACAGAGCAAAGGGGGCGUACACGCACGAUGCGACGUCACUCACAUAUAUAGACACCUCAACGAGCUGUGGACGUUGGACGAGAGCGGCACCAUACACAUAUGGGGCCCUGAUAUUGACGGAACACCAAACCUGAGCGGCCAUCCCCAUCAGAGCAACAAGCUUCCGAGGGGACAUACUUUCUCCAUGGUGGUUGGCGACGAACUGUGGCACGCCACCGGGAAAGCUGUGCGGGUUUUCUCUCCCUCACUGGACGGGAGCAGACCCUUCCAGGUUUUGGUGCGACCACUGACUGCCGAUGGUGCAGGCGACAUCAGCGCCGGCGCGCAGGUGAAGACGCACCCAGGGCAAGUAUUCUUCGGUCACGUCGACGGCAAGGUCAGUGUGUUCUCGACCAAGGACUAUUCUUGUCUGUCCGUUCUCAGUGUCAGCUCCUGGAAAAUCAACGCGCUCGCCGGGGUGGGCGAGCACAUGUGGGCGGCGUACAACACGGGCAAAAUGUGCGUAUACGACAUGAGCCAACAGCCGUGGGUGGUCAGGAAGGAGUGGCAAGCACAUGACCAGCCCAUCGUCAAGAUGAAGGCAGAUCCGGCAAGUUCCUACCGAUUAGACCGGCUACAAGUCAUCUCACUGGGGGCGGACAACAAGAUCAAGGUGUGGGAUGGGCUCCUGCAAGACGACUGGCUUGAGGAGGACAUGAAGUCCAAAGACACGCAGUAUUGCGACUUCGAUGAAAUUCACGCCCACAUCAUGACCUGGAACGCCGGUGCGUCGACACCCCACAGCCUGCGAUAUUCGGAUGGCGAUGCCACCUUCUUCCAAGAGCUGGUCCAGUCGAGCGGCUCGCCGGACAUUUUCGUGUUUGGCUUCCAGGAGCUUGUCGACCUCGAGGACAAGACUGCGACGGCCAAGCGCUUCCUCAAGUCUUCCAAGAAGAAGGAGGGGACUGACCAGGAACGAAUGAGCCACCAGUAUCGCGACUGGCGAGAUUUCCUGAUGAAGACGCUUGACGACUACAUGCCGGCGGAUGACCUGUAUCACUUGCUGCAGUCGGCACCCAUGGUGGGGCUGUUUACUUGCGUGUUCGUCAAGUCGUCCCUCCGGGAGAGGAUUCGCAACCUGAGCGCUGCAGAGGUGAAGCGAGGCAUGGGCGGCCUCCACGGAAACAAGGGGGCUGUCUGCAUCCGCUUCCAGGUGGACGACAGUUCGUUGUGCUUUAUCAACUGCCAUCUCGCAGCCGGGCAAACGCAGUCGAACUCUCGCCACACAGACGUGGCGGCAAUUCUGGACACGACCAUGUUUUCCGAGGAGCGAGACCCGGCCGCGUGCAUUGACAGCUUCACAUGUGGCGGAGAUGGCACCAUGAUUUUGGAUCACGAGCUGUGCAUACUGAAUGGAGAUCUCAAUUAUCGGAUUGACACCAUGUCGCGCGACACGGUGGUCAAGGCGGUGCAGCAACAGAACCUGAGCAAGCUUCUGGAGCGCGAUCAGCUCCUGGUUGCGCGCCGGCGUAACCCAGCGUUUCGCCUCCGGGCCUUUGACGAGCUACCCAUCAGGUUUGCGCCAACAUACAAGUACGAUGUGGGCACGGAUAACUACGACACUAGCGAGAAGAAGAGAAGCCCGGCUUGGUGUGACCGGCUGCUGUACAGGGGCAGGGGCAGGAUCCAACAGCAGGAGUAUCGCAGACACGAGGUUCGCGUGAGCGAUCAUCGGCCGGUGACGGGCAGCUUCCGGCUGUGGGUCAAGAAGGUUAAGCCGCGGGACAGGGCCGUCGCAUGGAUGGAGAGCCAGCAGGGCUUUGAGGACCUGCAGCAGCAGGUGUUGGCCGACGAGAAACUGCUCUACUUGGUCAACACAUGCGGCUACGAGGAGGCGGCAAGCAGGAAGUACGUCAAGGAACAGGUAGCAAGAAAGGCUCACCGAAGUCCGAGCAGGACUGCGAGCGGCCAGUGACCAUGAGGUUAACGAUAGGAAGGAACGAGGCGCUUUGCCAUGUUGAGUCGCGACUGGAUGGGGCCUCAUGGUCGUCGGUUGGCUCGAUAGUCGUGGAGCAUGCCUAGGCAUAAGAUACGCAUGGAUGUGGGUGGACAUGGACAUGAACACGGAACAACCUUAGACAAGCGGGUGAACGGAAAUGGCGACGCGGAGCACAGAAACACAGCGGGCAGCAUGCCGUAGACGACGGCCUAGAACAAGCGUGCUUGAUGGAGGGCAUAAAUUUUGCCCCGGCGCAUUGCGGUUGGGGUUGAGGUUCGGGUCAGGCACUAUGUCUAAAGAUCGCGAUGGAAGGCAGCAGGUAGGCGCACGGCAUUACUUGUGUUUGUCCCAAACGCUACAGUAGAAGCCACGAGGUAGAUAUUGAGCAGUGAAAGCAAGCGAUGGGUCAGCGUCA